AAAACAAAAAAAAAAUCCCUUUGUUCCCCUCUAAUCUCUCUCAAGUCAAUCAAAUCAUUUCAAUUUUCUUCCACAAAUUGUCUGGGUUGUUCUAAUGAAUUUUUGGGUCUGCUAAUUGCAUCCUGCUUCGAUGAAUUUGAUUCAAAUCAUCAUUAAACUUGUUUAUCUUCAUUAAAAAUAUAAGACCAUUCUAUCUUCUUGGUUUUUCAUGUGUGUGAAUUGAUCAUAUCAUGGAAGUUGAACGCAGAAAAGCGAAGUUAUUAACGACACAAUUAUCAGUUCUCAGUAGCAAACGAAGAACGCAUGAAGGUCUUGAUUCAUUAGUUGGUUUAUCAGUAGAUGCUAUUCUUUCAGGUGAAUUAGCAAGACCAAUCAAACCACAACAACAAACAACUACACUAACUCUUCUUGAUAUCAUUAGUAAUGAAGAAUCUGGAGCAGCGUACAGAGGUCUUGCUGAAUUAAAUGGAACAGGUAAACAUAAGAAAAAAUCAUCCAAGAAAUCGAUUAAAGAUAAAUUAAAAUUCCGCAAACAUGGUUCUUCGUGGUCGGCUUCUUCAUCAGUUCCUACUUCUGAUUUACCUUCUAACAAUAAAAAGAAUCGAAGAAUUGAACAAAUUUCUGAUCCUGUGUUGGUUGAUCGUCCUCUUCUUGCAUCAUUAUCUUUGAGAUCGUCGAUUAAAUUAUUAGAGGAUUGUCAAUAUUCAGAUUUAAAAUCUAAAUCAGAUUCGUCAUCAGAUGAUGAUGAUGAUAAAGAACAAAAUGUUAAUACCACCACCAAUGAAGAUAAAGAAAAACUGGAGAAACCAGAAACAGAGAUCCAUACUGAGUCUUCAGAAUCAUUGGUGGAUGAUGAAAAUGUACCUGGACCGUUAAUAACAGAACCAGAUGAGGAACCAGAUGAGGAUGAGAAGAGAGAAAAUGAAGAUGAACCGUUAAUUUCGGAAUCAAUGAUGGAAGCGGGAGCUCCAACGGUAUCGUUGAUGGCGUUAUUAGAGGAGUCCGGGAGAAGAGUAGACGAUGACGAUGAAGAUGAUGAUGAAGAAGAAGAUGAAGAAACGGGAGUGGAAUAUAUUUGCACAGUGUGUAUGGUAAAGCAUAGAAGAUUAGCAUUUGUUCCAUGUGGACAUACAUUUUGCAGUCUUUGCUCUAAAGAACUUUGGGUUAGUAGAGGAAAUUGUCCACUUUGCACUGGUUAUAUUUUAGAAAUUCUUGAUAUUUUCUGAUUAAUUUUUUUUUUAAGAUAAACAUUUUUGGAUAAAAAAAAUUUAAAUACAAAAAAAGUAUAAUUAUUUAUUCUUUUUCCUUUUAA